UCUCUUUUUUAUUGGUGCAUUCUUUUCUUUUCUUCUUAACCUCUGAUGCCUACUUUUUCCUUUACCCCCUUUUUUCCUGCCGGAUAAAUCGGUGCCUCUUUUGUGGGAUUUUUCUGUCUGAGGUUUUGCAGAGGUUUGGUGCUUCUUUUGGAUCCUGGUAACUCAAAUGACAUUUUUAUGUAUAUUGCUAGGAACCCUUAUAAGAUUAUGUCUGAAUGCUUAGCAUUUGAGUGUUGGUAGCAUUUGGAGUCCAUAUAACUGGCUGCCAAAAUGUGUCCAUUUCCCUUUCAAAAUAAACGACUGGAUAAAUGAGAAGGUUCUUGAGCAGAAUUUCUGAAAUUCACGGUGGUGAUGUAGAAGAGUUAAACCUGUAAUUAAGAAAUCUAUUUGUUUUGUGAAGAGUACUCCGAUGGAAGGAACUGAUUCUCGGCACUGGGAAGAUCUUCUACCAGAUGCACUUGGCCUAAUCUUCCACAACCUCUCUCUCCAGGAGAAAUUAACUGUGAUACCUAGAGUAUGUAAACCAUGGAGCAAAGCAGUGAUGGGCCCUUACUGCUGGCAAGAGAUAGACAUUGAGGAGUGGAGCAAUCGAUCUGAGUCGGGUGAUGUUGAUCGAAUGCUACGAAUGUUGAUUACAAGGAGCUCCGGUUCUCUGCGAAAGCUGUGUGUCUGUGGACUACAGAACGAGAAUAUCUUUGAUUUCAUUGCUGAACACGCUCGUUCUCUGCAGACCUUGAGACUUCCCAGAAGCGAAAUGUGUGAUUCAACAAUGGAAAAGAUUGCUGGGAGACUUUCUAUUCUAACUUUCUUGGAUGUGAGCUACUGCAGUAAAAUUGGUCCGCGCGCUUUGGAGGCUAUUGGAAAGAACUGCAAAUUUCUCGAAAGACUGCGCCGAAACAUGCAUCCACUGGAUGUCGAGGGUAAGCUUUUGCAGAACAAUGAGGCUUCUGCCAUUGCAACCACUAUGCCAAAGCUCAAGCAUCUUGAAAUAGCAUAUCACGUUGUCGAUACGAUAGGUGUUCUAGAGAUAAUCACUAGCUGCCGCGAGCUUGAAUUUCUGGACUUGAGAGGAUGUUGGGAUGUGAAAUUUGAUGAGAAGUAUCUCAAAGACAAGUUCCCGAAGCUGAACGUUUUGGGGCCUCAUGUGGUGGACCAGUAUGAGAAAAAUGCUUGGGAAGAUUGCUCAGACUACUCAGAUUCAUUAUAUGAUGAUUAUGAGAGUUCAGAUGGGAUGUGGGAUGAUGAAGAAAGCCUAGAACUGCGGUUUUAUGGAGGAUAUGAUGAAGCCUCUGUUUAUGGAUGGCCUCCAUCUCCUUGAGCUCCCAUACAGAAAAACUAGCUUGCUGGUUAUCUGCCCUUCAAAGUAUGUGUUGGAAUAUAAAGAUGUCUGCUUGUUGGAUGUAUGAUGGUAUAUUUGUCUUGUGAACUAUACAUUCCUAGUAAGUCCAGUACUGCUUAUGUGCACUUCUAAU